AUGAACGUAUUAAUCUUGUCGAAAAGUGAGUUGUCAGAAUUUUUUUGGUUCCUUGUCAGCUCUUACCGAGAUUUAUCCAAGUUUAAAGUAGAAAGUUGGCGUUGCUAUGAUCUCACUAUUGAAUUACUGCGAUCAAAAGAAAGAAUGGAAUGCGUCCGUCACAUUUCACAUCUUCAAGUAUUAAAAGAAGUGGAGCGGAGAUUCAUAAAAACGGUUGGAAAGCGUCUUUCUGAUCGCUGCAAAGAAAUGACCGAUUAUCAAGCUAUACAGCAUAAGAAGCUGAAAUCGGGAAAUGUUUUUGUUGACAAUGAAAAUGGGGAAUAUAUAUCUAAGAAGCAGGAUGACGGAGUUAGUAGUGAUGAAGAUGUAGGUGAGGCGAUUGAUUUAGACGCUGAACAAAGUCGUCUUCGAAGGCGUCAUUUAGAUGAUGCUGAAUAUGAGGGAGAAGAAGAUGAAAAGAAAGUUGUUCAAGAUGAUUCUGUGGAAGAUGACUCAGAUAGCGAAGAAGAAAAUGCUGACUCCCAAAACCAAGAUGGAAGCGAUGAAUAUGAACGUGUUACUAUUCAAAAAUCAGAAGAACCAAUUAGUCAUCGCAUACAGAGUGUCAUUGCAUCAUCUUCUAUAAUUAGAGAUUACAAGUUUGAUCAGAAAAAUAAUCGAUGGUGUGUUAUUACUUUCCAGUUCCCACUGAGUAUUAAAACAAAGUUGGACGUCAGAGCAGUAGUUGAAAGAGAGUUAGAAAAUUUUCUAAUCUGGGAAACACCGGGUAUUGAAAAGUGCAUCAUUCGUAGUGAAAAUAACAAAUAUGGAGAAAAUCAAGUUCUCGCAACACAAGGCAUCAAUUUGCAGGCAUUGAUGAAACAUUCGGAUGCGCUUGAUGUGAAUACACUCUACUCUAAUGAUCUUGAUUUAAUAUGUAGAAAUUAUGGCAUCGAAGCAUGUAAUCGAGCUUUGGUAAAAGAAAUAGUUAGAGUUUUUAAACCGUAUGGAAUUGAUGUAAAUCAGCGACAUUUGACUCUUACUGCUGAUUAUAUGACUUUUACUGGAAGGAUUCAACCUUUUACCCGUGGCGCUAUGGGUUUUUCAACUUCUCCUCUUCAACAAAUGACAUUUGAGACGACAGUCGCAUUUAUGCGUGAUGCCUUGAUAAAUGGUUCCCACUUUGUUUGUAUUGACUCAUCGUUUUUCGACACUUUUCGUCACGACGAUUACUUGGCAUCGCCAUCGUCUAGAUUGGUGAUUGGUGGUCUAUUACGAAGUGGUACAGGUAUUUUUGACCUGAUGUCAUCUAGAAUCCAACUCUAA